GUGGUAAAUGUUAUUCCACAAAGAGCCAUCUGAAGGCCCAUAUGGUUGUACACACUGGUGAGAAGAAUUAUAUGUGUGAAGAGUGUGGUAAAAGUUAUUCCAGAAAGGAUGAUCUGAAGAGCCAUAUGGUUGUACACACUGGUGAGAAGAAUUUUAAGUGUGAAGAGUGUGGUAAAAUUUAUUCCAGAAAGAGCUAUCUCAAGAGCCAUAUGGUUGUACACACUGGUGAGAAGAAUUUAAAAUGUGAAGAGUGUGGUAAAAGUUAUUACAUAAAGAGCCAUCUGAAGGAGCAUAUGGCUGUACACACUGGUGAGAAGAAUUUUAAGUGUGAAGAGUGUGGUAAAAGUUAUCUCAGAAAGGGCGAACUGAUGCGGCAUAUCGUUGUACACACUGGUGAAAAGAAUUAUAAGUGUGAAGAGUGUGGUAAAUGUUAUUACAGAAUGAGCCAUCUGAGGCAGCAUAUGGUUAUACACACUGGUGCAAAUUUUAAGUGUGAAGAGUGUGGUAAAUGUUAUUCCAGAAAAAGCCAUCUGAAGAGCCACAUGGUUGUACACACUGGUGAGAAGAAUUUAAAAUGUGAAGAGUGUGCUAAAUGUUAUUCCAGAAUGAGCCAUCUGAAGAGACAUAUGGUUGUACACACUGGUGUGUAGAAUUUUAAGUGUGAAGAGUGUGGUAAAAGUUAUUCCAGAAAGAGCCAUCUGAAGUGCCAUAUGGUUGUACACACUGGUGAGAAGAAUUAUAAGUGUGAAGAGUGUGGUAAAAGUUAUUUCAGUAAAAGCCAUCUGAAGAGCCAUAUGGUUGUACACACUGGUGAGAAGAAUUUUAAGUGAGAAGAGUGUGGUAAAUGUUAUUACAUAAAGAGCCAUCUGAAGAGCCAUAUGGUUGUACACACUGGUGAGAAGAAUUUUAAGUGUGAAGAGUGUGGUAAAUGUUAUUACAUAAAGAGCCAUCUGAAGUGCCAUAUGGUUGUACACAAUGGUAAGAAGAAUUUUAAUUGUGAAGAGUGUUGUAAAAGUUAUUCCAGAAAGGGGGAAACUGAACCAGCAUAUGGUUGUACACACUGGUGAGAAGAAUUUUGAGUGUGAAGAGUGUGGUAAAAGUUAUCUCAGAAAGAGUGAACUGAAGCAGCAUAUGGUUGUACACACUGGUGAGAAGAAUUAUAAGUGUGAAGAGUGUGGUAAAAGUUAUUACAUAAAAAGCCAUCUCAAGAGACAUAUGUCUGUACACACUGGUGAGAAGAAUCUUACUUGAAAGUUGUAGGGAAAGAUCUUAGAGAAAAUGAUCUGGAGAAGUGUAUGGUCUUACAUGUUGGUAGGAAUUAUUUCAGGUGUAAACAAUGGAUUAUUUAUUUAAAUAAGAAGACCAAUUGGAAAUAAUCAUCUGAUGACUGUGUUGGUUAUCCUUGGUCGAACUGACUUACUGUUUGCCAUUGUUUGUAUCCCUGCACUGCAUAUUUGUUGUAUACUUGAACUGUAUAUUUGUUGUAUACCUACACUGUAUAUUUGUUGUAUACCUGAACUGUUUAUUUGUUGUAUACCUGUUCUGUAUUCUUAUUGCAUACCUGCACUGUAUAUUUGUUGUAUACCAACACUGUAUGUAUACAUGCUCAAUCUUUGUAAAAUUGUGUGAUGAAUUUACUGAAUAAAUAUAUAUAUGUA